CGGGCGGAAGCGCGUCAGGCGCGGGCGGAAGCGGCGGCGGAGGGUGGCGGCCAUGGUGGAUUACAGCGUGUGGGACCACAUCGAGGUCUCGGACGACGAGGACGAGACUCACCCCAACAUCGACACCGCCAGCCUCUUCCGAUGGCGGCACCAGGCCCGCGUGGAGCGCAUGGAGCAGUUCCAGCGGGAGAAGGAGGAGCUGGAGCGCGGCUGCCGCGAGUGCCGGCGCCGGCUGGCCGAGUGCCACGGGCGGCUGCGGGAGCUGGAGCCGGCCGAGGCGCAGGGCGCGCGCGCCGAGCUGCAGCGGCUGCAGGCCGAGGCGCAGCAGCUGCGCGCCGAGGAGCGGGGCUGGGAGGCCAAGCUGGAGGAGCUCAGGAAGAAGGAGAAGAACAUGCCCUGGAACGUGGACACGCUCAGCAAGGAUGGCUUCAGCAAGAGUGUUUUCAAUGUGAAGCCUGAGGAGAAGGAGGAGACGGAGGAGCAGAAGGAGAAGAAGCACAAAACCUUCGUGGAGAGAUACGAGAAGCAGAUCAAACACUUCGGCAUGCUGCGGCGCUGGGACGACAGCCAGAAGUACCUGUCAGACAACCCUCACCUGGUGUGCGAGGAGACAGCCAACUACCUGGUCAUCUGGUGCAUCGACCUGGAGGUGGAGGAGAAACACGCGCUGAUGGAGCAGGUGGCCCACCAGACCAUCGUCAUGCAGUUCAUCCUGGAGCUGGCCAAGAGCCUCAAGGUGGAUCCCCGCGCUUGCUUCCGGCAGUUUUUCACCAAAAUCAAGACCGCAGACCAGCAGUACCUGGAGGGUUUCACGGAGGAGCUGGAGGCGUUCAAGGAGCGCGUGCGGGGCCGGGCGCGGGCGCGCCUGGAGAAGGCGCUGCGCGAGUACGAGGAGGAGGAGCGCCAGAAGCGCCUGGGGCCCGGCGGCCUCGACCCCGUCGACGUCUACGAGUCCCUGCCCGCCGAGCUGCAGAAAUGUUUCGAUGUCAAGGACGUGCAGCUGCUGCAGGAAACCAUCAGCAAGAUGGACCCGACCGAGGCCAAGUACCACAUGCAGCGCUGCAUCGACUCGGGGCUCUGGGUGCCCAACGCCAAGGACGGGGCUGGGGAGCAGCCGCAGGGGGACAGCGGCGCCCAGGAGCAGCCCAAGGCCUGAGGGGCCAAAAAAGGGCAGAAAAGGUCAAAAAAAACCCGCAAAAAAAAAAAAACACCCCACGAAAACAACUCGCUCCCUGUCGGAAAAGCAGAAGCAGGAGGGGAGGGGUCGGCCCCAACCCCCCCCC